AUGGGAGGCGCGCCGUCGGCGGCGAAGCGCGGCGCCGCGCGCGAGGACGGCGACGCGAGGAGCGGCGGACCUACGCCGGCGGCGAACGAGGUCGAGGACGCGCGGAUCGCGCUCGAGGCCGUCGACGUGCGCGAGCGCGCGAAAGAGGUGGACGAUGACGCGCGCGCGAAAGAGCGCGCGGUCGAGGACGCGGGACGAGGGGUGAAGGACCCGCGAGGGGAGCGAUUUAGCGUGACGACGGCGAUCAACUACGCGAACGGGGCGCCGCACAUGGGACACGCGUACGAAUCCAUCUCCACCGACGUCCUGGCGAGAUACCAUCGAGCGUACGGACGGCAGGUGUUGUUUCAAACGGGCUCGGACGAACACGGGCAGAAGAUAGCGGAGGCGGCGGAGGAGAAGGGGAUGGCGCCGUUGGCGUUCGUGGACACGCACGUGGCCGAGUUCCAAAACUUGAACAAACGAUUGGACGUGUCGAACGAUGUGUACAAUCGCACGACGAGCGAAGCGCACAAGAAAGCGUGUGCAGAGCUGUUCAGACGCUCGAGAGAUAACGGGGACAUUUAUUUGGACACGUACGAGGGGUGGUACAACGUGCGCGAGGAAACCUUUGUGACGGAGAGCGAAGCGCAGGCGAGCGGGUACAAAGACCCAGUCAGUGGGAAAGACUUGAAAAAGAUGAAGGAAGAAAGUUACUUUUUCAAACAAAGCCGAUAUCAAAAACAGCUCAUCGCGCACAUUGAGUCGAAUCCGGAGUUUAUUCAGCCCUCGUCUCGACGAAACGAGAUUUUGGCGCGCUUGCAAAACGACGAUCUUCGAGAUUUGUCUGUAUCGCGCACGACGUUCGAUUGGGGUAUUCCAGUGCCCGAUGCCCCAAAGCACGUCAUGUACGUGUGGUUCGACGCGCUUACAAACUAUCUCACCGGUACGGGGUGGCCUGAGGAGACUGAAAACAAAGAUUUUUGGCCCGCAAGCGUGCACAUCAUCGGUAAAGACAUCAUCUGGUUUCACUGCGUCAUCUGGCCGUGCAUGCUGUGGAGCGCCGGAUUGCCGCUUCCGAAGACGGUUUUCGGUCACGGUUUCGUGACCGCGGAUGACGGACAAAAGAUGAGCAAGUCGAUCGGGAACGUCGUCGAUCCGAACGACGUUUUGAAGAGGUUUUCGAGUGAUACGUUCCGCUACUACUUGAUGCGCUGCGGCGUUUACGGCGCGGACGUGCCUUUCAGUGAACCUGCGAUGAUCGCGAUUCACAAUGCUGAUUUAGCCGACGUCAUCGGAAACUUAGUGCACCGAGUCACGAACCUUUGCAAGAAGAAUUGCGGAGGAAUCAUCCCGGAUUGCGCCUCGGAGAAUGUGUUUAGCGUCGGCGUGUUGCGAGCGAAAUCUGAAGCCGCAAUGUCUAGAUUCAACAUUCAAGGCGCGUGUGAACUCGCCAUUGAAGCCAUCAAGUGUACGAACAAGUACCUCACGGACUCCGCGCCGUGGGCAGUCAAGGGCGAAGGCGCGGAAGAGCGCAAGAGCGUCAUCAUCAAGAGCACUCUCGAGGCAGUGUACGUGGCGAUGCACUUUUUGCAGCCUUACGUUCCAAAGGCAUGCGGCUUGGUGUUUGAAAAGCUCGGUGUUCCGGCCGUGAAAAUUUGGGAACUCAAGCCGUUCGGUGAAAACGUUCCCAUCGGGGCGACGGUCGCCAUCGGUGACGUUUUGUUUGCCAAAUUUGAA